AAAAUUCACUUUAGUUCUGUCCCGUAUCUCUCUUAUGUCAAAGUACGACAAUUUAGCCAACCGAUAGGCGAAGAAAUGAGGGAUUAAGGUAACCGCGGUGAUACCGAAAGCAAAAGUGCAUUUAGAAACGUCAACCUUUGCACUUAGGCGGUUAUUUUGUCGCCUCUUUGGUGUCUUCGUUCAUCGCGCGCUCGCAUGUUAUCUGUAGGAGGUUCGGAUUUUUGGUACGGCUAGUGAAAAUGAAAGUGCUAGUGCUGAGUGUGUUUGCGGUGCACAUUUUAGGAUCUCAUUCACUCAUCAUUCCCGACGAGCUACCUUCGAUAUUAUCCGUAAUAUAUUCAAAUAUUCCAACGAUAAAGAAAGGGACGGACUCAAGGAUAGGAUGGGGCUUUAGACUAGGAAACAGGGCAGAUUUCCAGGUCCUGGUGGAGUUAGGACCACAGACUAACACCCAGCCCCUGGCCAACCAAGGCGACGGUAACAGGAAGAGGAACGCACUCAAUAACCUAGCCAACACUUUGUAUGCCCAACGGCAGAAAGACAAAAGGAUUAAAGAAGAAGAAGAGAAGAGGAUCAAAGAGCAGGAGAACCUAACGACUAAUGACGAGAGUGAGGAAACAAUUCCUUCCGACAAUGACGGGGCGAAAUGGCUGAAGUCUUGGAGCAAAUCUGUAAACAAAAACAAGCAAAAAGAUACCCUUGCUUUCAGACCCAAACCAGGGUUGGGCGUAGGAGAGAUAGAUGCCAAAUCUGUUAUCCCAGAAGAUACCGUACUAUUAGAUCAAGAGAAAAGGAAGAAGCAGCAAGAGAAACCAACAACAACGGCUAAGGAAGGUGCCUUAGAUAGUGUCAAUUUAGAAUAAACCACGGUGCUAUAUUAGUUACUUAGAAUUGUACAUUUGUAAAUAUUUUAAGAAAAUAAAUAAAUUUGGGUGCUAAUGGA